UCUCAUCUCGCUCAUCUCACGACCGAAUGUCCUGCGCUCACUCACUCUCGCUCUCUCCUACGUACUCUCACCGUUUGUAACAGGCAUCAGAGCCAGCAUCCCUUUUGCUUCGGCACGUUGAAAGUGGAGCAAAAGUCCUCACUUCCGACCAAAAUGGCACACUGAUCGGUUGAGGGUAGUGUGAGUGACGUGCGCCCCCGAGAAAAAAGAAAUCACCCGCAAGCAAAAACCAGUGACAUCUGCCCUCCGAGUACGGGGAAAAAGGUGCCGUUUUGUCCACCAGUGAAACCCGUGCGUGGCCGUGGGGAUAGAAGCCAACAAAUCGCCGUGAAAUAGGACCAGAUUUGCAGGGCAGUUUUCCUAUGGCAAACGGAGUUGAUUUAACGAUGAACGGAAAUUAAUGUAGAUCGAUUACAAAAUUGUACAAAAUCACUGAAAAGUCUUCCAUACACCGGUGUUAGCCUGUGUAAAUUCCCAAUAAAAAAGCAGUGCAUUUGUGCAGUGAAUAGUGUGUUCACAGUGACCGACAAGGUUCAUCGUUAAGUCAGCUCCCUGCUAUAGAGUCCCUAGCGAACCGCACCGAAAAUGUCAUUCCUUAACAAUUUACGCUCGGUGCCGUUACCACCGGUGAAAAAUAUGCUCAACGUGGCCCUGCAAACGGCACGCCAAACGAUUCCGGCCAAGCAGAAACAGAACGGCUAUGAGGAGCAGGCCGGUGACAACUUCGGCGAUGCUUCUGGCGGCGCUAGUGGUAUGCGAUCGCCACCGCAAGUCCCCCCAAGACCACAGAACGUUCAUUUCGCUGAAACGGACGCCGCGGGUGACACUGGUGGAACGACGGAGAUGAACCCACUGAAUCCGUUCACAAAUCCGAAGGCCUACUAUCAGGAGGAGGGAACGGACCAGCCCGGUACGAACCAGUACCAGGAGACGGGAUUCAAUCAGGGUGAUUUCGAAAAUGGUUACCAAGCGGGCGGCUACCCACCAAGACAGGGCAGUGUGCAAUCAUUUGGUUCGGACAGUACCUUUGCUGGAGGUUGCGAAGGAGAAGCUCCCGGUGGGGCAAAGAUCAAUGAGUAUCAGGCGGCCUGGAACGUGACCAACGCAAUUCAGGGAAUGUUCAUCGUGUCGCUACCGUUCGCCGUACUGCGCGGCGGCUACUGGGCAAUCAUCGCCAUGGUCGGCAUCGCGCACAUUUGCUGCUACACCGGCAAGAUACUCGUCAUGUGUCUGUACGAGCCGGAUCCGCAGACGGGCGAACCGGUACGGGUGCGGGACAGCUACGUAUCGAUCGCGAAGGUGUGCUUCGGCAAGAAGAUUGGCGCACGGGUCGUCAGCAUAGCGCAGAUCAUCGAGCUGCUGAUGACCUGCAUCCUGUACGUGGUGGUGUGCGGCGAUCUGAUGGCUGGUUCGUUCCCGGACGGAGCACUCGACACCCGCUCCUGGAUGAUGCUGUGCGGUAUCUUUCUGCUGCCGCUCGCGUUCCUGAAGUCGCUGCACCACGUGUCGCUGCUGUCGUUCUGGUGCACCAUGGCUCAUCUGCUGAUCAACGCGAUCAUCGUCGGCUACUGCCUGCUGGAGAUCGGCGACUGGGGCUGGAGUAAGGUCAAGUGGCGAAUGGACUUUGAGAACUUUCCAAUCUCACUUGGUGUUAUUGUCUUCUCCUACACGUCGCAAAUCUUCCUGCCCACGCUCGAGGGCAACAUGGAGGAUCGGUCCAAGUUCAACUGGAUGCUCGACUGGUCGCACAUUGCGGCGGCCGCGUUCAAGGCACUGUUCGGGUACAUCUGCUUCCUGACGUUCCAGAACGAUACGCAGCAGGUGAUCACGAACAAUCUGCACUCGCCCGGGUUCAAGGGUCUGGUGAACUUCUGUCUGGUGAUUAAGGCCAUCCUCAGCUACCCGCUGCCGUACUUUGCCGCCUGCGAGCUGCUCGAGCGGGCAUUCUUCCGCGGCAAGCCGAAAACGAUGUUCCCCGUCGUUUGGGAGCUGGACGGGGAGCUGAAGGUAUGGGGUCUGGCCUGGCGUUUGACCGUCAUUCUCGGCACCAUCAUGAUGGCCAUCUUCAUUCCCCACUUUUCGAUUCUGAUGGGCUUCAUCGGCAGCUUCACUGGCACGAUGUUAAGCUUCAUCUGGCCCUGCUACUUCCAUCUCAAGCUGAAGGGACAUCUGCUAGAUCAGAAGCAGCGGGCUUACAACUAUUUCAUCAUCUUUCUCGGUGUGCUGUUCUGUGUGGUCGGUAUCUACGACUCGGGCACGGCGCUGAUUCAUGCCUUCGAGAUCGGUUUGCCGUUCUAAGCGCACUGUUCUCCCGGGGGUUUGAGACAUUUCCCUCCUGGCGAACAGGCUUUGUACAGAGUACAGAUACCUAUUACGCGACACUCCACACUGAAAUUCAUCUGCCAUUUAUCUCUCGCUCGACAAACACACAAAAAACGUUGUUAAACUGUUGCAACUCUUCUUUUAUGUUUUCGUUCACGAUUGUACACUUUGUCGUGAGGGCCGUGGCAGAUUCAUUCGAGUGUGUUAAGUGCGCAAAAGUGUAACGCUAUCCCAUGACUUGCGACGAAGGGCGAUGGGCGAUAUGUGGAAAAAAACUCAAAAUUUCAGUACAUCAGCAAUAUUGGAGCAGCCUUGGCAAGAGGAAACAGCCGGGCCAAAAGGGAACUUGAACCGAUACCUCCUCAAAUGACAAGCGAAACAACUAAAAUAUCAAAUUAUCACACGAUGGAGCAUAACAUUUCGAACAUAUCGGGGAUGGGCCAGAAUUGUCCAAAGUAUUGAAGUCUUCCAAGAUCCUGCGAUACGGAAAUCAAUGGCAUGGAAUUGUUGAAAGAUAGAAGCCAAAAAGCACGCAAACACAACAUGGAGCGAAAGAAGCUGAAUCGUUAAUCAAUGUCUUCCUUAAACGUAAACGAAAGAAGCGAUAGCGAACUGGAUGGAGAUCUGCAAACUGGAACUAAUAGCAAAACCAGUAGUUUGUUGAAACUAAGAAUAGGCAAAAAUAUACACAAUAUUAAAAAUCCACCGGUGGGCGCGAGGGAUAUGGGAAUAGCAUGCAGAAUAUUGCAUCCGUAAAAAGGGCAAGUCGAAACAAGUCUUCCAGACAAUAUACACACACAUUAUAUAUAUACAAAACGCAUGAACGCGAGUCACAAAAUUGAACACAAAUAUUAUAUAGAAGAAACAGAACAAACCAAAACCCAACAUAUUUAAGCUAGUGAGCAUAAGAUAUAACGUAUCUGCUAGGACUAUUAACGAUGAAACAAUCUAAGUUAGAAGAGCCUGCAUAAUGGAAGGAUGUACCGGUAAUAGCUCAACAAGAAAUCUGUUCAAUAGCCCUGUUAAGUUCGACGACAUUAGCUUAGACAACUGCACAAAGGUUCGGUGCAAUGUGAAGUAGCGAGUGGUUAAGGAACAGCAUAACAAAACGAAAACAUGGCUCGCGGGACAAGCAAACCCCUACUUCUAGUAGUGUGUAUUUCAAUCGAAUCAAUUAUAUAGUGCUAACGACAAUAAGCCAACAAAGAGAGGCACCCGGGAGCGAAGAUGGUGUAUUGAAAACUCUUCCACAAUAUUGUGCAUCCACGUGCAGUCAAAGUGCUACUAUACAAAAUUAUCGUUACGAACGUGUUUACGAUUCAAAAUUCAAACCAGUGAGGGACAACAUUAUUAAAGAUUAACUGAACGAUCACGUUAAUCCGAGGGUAGGGUAAAGCUUUCUGUUGAACUUAUACAAUUAACGGCCGGCAACAAGCAUGAUAUACUCUCCUAUACAGCACGCAAAAGCUAUACCACAAACCAAGUCUUCCAACUAUUAUAUAUAUCAGCAAUUGUGAGGUAAUUUUAAUGUACUUUAAUCUAUUAACGUCCUAAGUGGUCCCUACAAAACAAAAAAACCAGCACAAAAAAAAAACAAGUCUUCCAGUUGGUGAGAUCGGAUAUUGCUAUACAAGAAUAUUUUCGAGCCUAAUUUGUAAAGUAUGAUUGUGUUGCAGCGGUAGGGAAAUGUUUGAUUUGCUGCCUGCCCUCAGCAAGAUGUAUCAUUAAGCAAGUACAAUAAUCGUUACAGGAGGACGGGAUCAGUCCACUGGGGCAGUGAUUUUAUUCCAUAUCUGGUAGGUUAAUGCAGAACAGGUGCACGAUGCAGUUGGUGGCAGUUAUGGCAGUAGAUGGUGUGGAUAUUUAGUUGUGUUUUUCGGCUUUGUUCCAAGUAUUGAAUGUUCCCUCUAUACAAUAAUCUCUAUUGUACUUAUUGCAAUUAAUGUAUUUAAGAGCAACAUUAUAGGUGUCCGAAUAAAACUAACAGUUAUUUAACUUUAAAUUCAACCAUA